AUGGGCGACACUGCGCCGUUGACAGAGAAGCCUGAUUGGCGACAUGUAGUAGAGAGGAAGAGGACGAAAAGAGAGGCAUUGGUCCAGCCAUACCUUGACGACUCGAAACAGCAACAAGACAUCACUUCAAUUUCUGAUGUGUCGAAGCUGGCCAGUCUAGUUGCGAAAGGGGAGCUGAAGGCAUAUGAUGUUAUCAUGGCUUAUGUUCGAAGAGCUGCUGCAGCGCACAAGCAGACCAACUGCUUGACAGAGGUCAUGUUUGAUGAGGCAAUCAACCGAGCGAGUGACCUUGAUGAGUAUCUCGUUGCCCACGGUGGAACCAUCGGCCCUUUGCAUGGCAUUCCGAUGACUCUGAAGGAUCAAUUCGAUCCAGCCUUUCGAAACGCUUUGCUUGUCGACAUUCUGCAAAGCGCUGGUGCAGUCAUCCUUGCGAAGACCAAUUUACCUCAGAGCAUCAUGUGGUGCGAGACUGAAAACCCUCUGUGGGGGCUGACGACAAAUCCACGCGAUCCUCAACUGACUCCCGGCGGCUCUACUGGAGGCGACGGAGCACUGCUGACACAGCAUGGUUCGCUAGUCGGUUGGGGCACAGACAUCGGCGGGAGUGUUAGGAUCCCAAGCCACAUGCUGGGACUGUAUGGACUCAAGCCAAGUAGUGGCCGUCUUCCCUACGAAGGCGUACAGGUAUCGACAGCAGGCCAGGAACACGUCCCCUCUGUAGUUGGUCCAUUAGCCAGGUCUCUGGACUCCAUCGAGCUUAUCAUGCGCGAGAUUAUCAAAGCACAACCAUGGACUCACGAUCCCACGUGCCACCGUUUGGCUCGGGACGAAGCAGCAUAUUCACAGACGCUGGACAAUCCUCUGGUAAUUGGUCUUCUGGUAGACGACGGCCACGUCAAAGUGCAUCCACCCAUCCAAAGAGUGCUUCUUGAAGCCGCUGAAAAGUUGAAGAGCGCUGGCCACACUGUCAUCACAUGGAAUGAUGACGGACAUACGGAGUGCAUCAAAAUCAUGGACUCAUACUAUACUGCCGAUGGCGGCGAGGACAUCAAACGAGCCGUGGCGGAAGGAGGCGAGCCUUUCAUCCCUCAUGUCGAAGCUCUCGUCAACCGCGCGCCGGCUAUAUCAGUCUACGAAUACUGGCAACUCAAUAAGCGCAAGAGAGCAGCACAUAAAGCGGUCGAUGUGCUGCUAAUGCCGACCAUGCCGCAUCCAGCCGUCAAGCAUCGAAGCUGUAAGUGGGUCGGCUAUACGAAAGUAUGGAAUCUCUUGGACUAUACUGCUCUUGUGCUUCCGUAUGGCAACGUUGACAAAAGCGUUGAUAUUGGCAAGACUGAUAAUGAAGUCCGCAACUACAAGCCGCGGAACGUACUCGAUGAUUGGAAUUGGAGCCUGUAUGAUUCAGAUGCUAUGGACGGACUGCCGCUAAGUGUGCAGGUCGUAGGUAGGAGACUUGAGGAGGAGAAAGUGUUAGCUGCCGGUAAGGUGAUUGAUGGCGUCUUGAGGUCAUGA